GGAACGGGCUGUGGACCACGCCAGGGACACCCUCCAGGUCCCCAUGAGGUCGCUGCUGCUGCCGCUGCUGGUGCUGUGCGUGCCGCGGCUCCCAGGGACCCUGGCGCAGGGCGAGGGAUGCAACCACACAGCACAGGCAGGGCUGGAGGGCCAGGAUGCACGUGGUGAAAGAGGCACCCUCCUGAAUGUCAGUGUGAGUGACCAUGACCGCUCAGACUCCCUCCUCCUGUCCUGGGAUGAGCCAGAGGGAGGUGCCAGGGGGUAUUUCCUUGCCCUGUCCCCCCUGGGGUCAGGCAUGCUGCUGCAGAAUGGCUCUGCUGGACCCAACACCACCAGCUUCUGGUUCCAUGGGCUGACUCCUGGCACACGCUACGAGAUCGAGGUGACAGCCACGCUGGCCUGCAGGGACACCACCAGCCAGACCAUCACAGCACAGACAAGUCCCUCAGCUGUCCUGAACCUGACUCUGAGCAGCAGCAGCUCCUCCUCUCUGCGUGCAGCCUGGGCACACGGGCACGGGCACAGGGACGGCUACAGCCUGGCACUGUGGCACAGCCACUCCCAGAGCCUGCUGAGGAACGUGUCCCUCCUGCCCAGCACCUCCACCUUCCUCUUUGAGGGGCUCCAGGCGGGCAGUGAGUAUGCCCUGAAGGUCAGCACCCUGGCUGGGACCCUCCAGGCCAGCACCAGUGCCCACCAGUGGACAGCUCCCUCCGUCCCCACCCAGCUGAGGCUCAGCCCAGCUUCCAGCACCAGCCUCGUGGCCUCCUGGGCAGGGGCUGCAGGGUCUGCCUGGCUCCACCUGGAGCUCCACAACCUCCUCACCCAGAAGGUCAGCAUGAGCCUGUCAGCCAGGAGGGGCCUCAGCAGCUACACCUUCCAGCAUCUGCACCCUGGCACCCACUACUGGCUGGGGCUCAGUGCCACAGCUGGGCCCUACACUGCCCUGGGACCCAAUGCCUCUGCCUGGACAUACCCCCUGAGUCCUGACAAUGUGACCCUGAGCAGUGCAGAGGAGCAGAACUCCUUAGAGGCUCGCUGGAGUGUCCCAGGGGGACACAGGGACUUCUACCUGGUGACCCUGCAGGAGGGACAGGACAGUGCUCCAAGCAGGAACAUCUCCGUGGGUGGGGACAACGACCACGUCACCUUCCACGGGCUGAGCCCUGGCCAGCAGUACUCUGUGCAGGUGGUGGCCGUGGCAGGGCCCUACAGGGCAUCAGCUCAGAGCUCAGCAGCCUGGACAGAACCACGAGCACCCUCUGCUGUGAGCCUGUCCAGCCAGGGCAGCCCCCACAGGCUGCUGGCCAGCUGGGAGGAGGCCUCAGGAGAGGGUUACCUGCUGCUCCUCAGCCUUGCAGAGCACCCUGUGCACAACAGCUCCUUGCCCAGGGGUGCCAGGAGCUUCACCUACGAGGGCCUGCACCCUGGGAGCCUGUACAGCUUUGAGGUCAGCACUGUGGCUGGGCCCUACACAUCCUCACCCCAGUGCAUCUCCAACUGGACAUACCCUUUGCCCCCAGAGCAGCUGACCCUCAGCAAUGGGGGCCACAGCACCUCUCUGCAAGCCUCCUGGAGAGCAGCUUCCUCUGGCAGCACUGGCUACACAGGCACCCUCUGGGAAACCAAGUCCCGGGAGCAGGUCAGGAAUGUGACUGUGGGGAGUGACUGGACCAAUGUCACCUUGGAGAACCUGGUCCCUGGGCGGCAGUACACGCUGGAGAUGGCUGCUGUGGCUGGGCCUUACAGAUCUCCUGUGAGAUCAGCCACUGACUGGACAUACCCCCUGGCUCCAUCUGGAGUGACGCUGACCAACACCCGGCGCCCGAUGGGGCUCUCGGCCUUCUGGGACAGGGCUGCUGGGGAUGUGGACCAGUUCCACCUCCAGCUCUACAGCAAGAGCCAUGCAGCACAGAGGAACACCUCAGUGGGGCCAAACACCCACAACUUCACAUUCCUGGGGCUGUCCCCUGGCACUCAGUACUUCCUGAAGGUGACUGUCCUCGCUGGCCCAUACAGAUCCUCAUCACAUUUUGCCACCGAGUGGACAUAUCCCCUGUCCCUGGCCAACGUCAGUGUGCAGCCUGGCCGGGAGCCCCAGGAGCUGCGCGUGAGCUGGGUGGAGUCCGGAGGUGGCAGAGAUCACUUGGUGCAGCUCUCAGUGGCCGAGUCGCUGUCCAUCAUCAGGAAUGUGUCAGUGCCCCGGGGAGUGACCCAGCUGGCCCUGCAGGGGCUGGUGCCAGGCUCCAGGUACCGCGUGGAGAUCAUUUCCCAGGCCGGGCCUCACCGCAUCUCCUCUCAGACUGCCAUCGGCUACACCGUCCCCCUGGCUCCUCGUGCCCUGUCUGCCAGCCCUGCCAGCACAGCCCAGGCUCUGGCUGUGCAUUGGGAGGCUGCUGCUGGCCACAGGGAUGGAUACCUGCUCAGCCUGCUCCAGGAGGGCUCCUCUGCACCGCCAAGGAACCUGGAAGCAGGGAAGGACAGCACCAAUGUCACUGUGGCACAGCUGGAAGCAGGGACAUGCUACCUUGUGAGGAUCUGGGCAGUGGCUGGGCCCUACCGCUCCCUCCCCGAGAACGUCACCGGCUGCACAGUUCCUGAUGCACCAACAAAUCUGAGCCUUACCAACCCAGGCAGCUCCUCAGAGCUUUACACAUCCUGGAACGAGCCCCCGGGCAGGAGGGACCACUACCAUGUUACUCUGUACAGCCUCAGCACCCAGAGCAGGAUUCAGGUCCAGACCUUGAGUCCAGAUGCCCUGAACACCAGCUGGACUCAGCUGGAAGCAGGCAGCAAGUUUGCUGUGCAGGUCACUGCUGUGAGAGGCUCCUUAGAAGCCUCUUCCAUCAACGUCACCCAAUGGACAUAUCCCCUGGCCCCUGUGAACCUGACCCUGAGCAGCCCCUCAGCCUCAGCCCUGGUGGUGACCUGGGCAGUGCUGGGCCGAGGGGCAGAAGGCUUCGUGGUGGAUGCCCAUGAGACAGCAUCUGGCACUCCUGUGGGGCACACACUGCUGGGUGGCCAUGCCAGGAGCCACAUCCUGAGGAAACUGAGCCCUGGCACCCGCUACAGCGUGGCAGUGAGGGCCACAGCUGGGCCCUUCCAUGCCAGCACCCCCAACAUCACCCACUGCACACCCCCGCUGCCCCCGGCCGCCGUGCGCCUGCUGAGCCCGGGGCACCCCGACAGGCUGAGCGUGGCCUGGGGGGCCCCAGCUGGGGGCAGGGAUGGAUACAGCCUGACCCUGUACCGGGCCCCCCUGGGCACUGUGGCAGCCACAGCCUUGCUGGGCAGGGACAGCCACAACUUCACCUUCACGGGGCUGGCACCAGGCAGCAAAUACCUGCUGGAGGUGGCAUCUGUGGCUGGCGCCUUCAGGGCACCUGCAGGGAACGUCAGCAACUGGACGUACCCCGUGGCACCCCGCAAUGUGUACAUGACCAACCAGGGCUACCCCAACAGGCUGAGCGCGUCCUGGAGAGCUGAGCCCCAGGGACAGGAGGGUUACAGGCUCCUCCUGUACCACUCAGGCUCAGGCACUGUGGCAGCCAAUGUCUCUGUUGGGAAAGGCACCAGCAAAUUCACCUUCUCUGGCCUGGCUCCAGGGCACAAAUACCUGCUGGAGGUGGUGUCUGUGGCAGGGCCCUACGCAGCCUCGGCAGGGAACAUCAGUGACUGGACAACCCCCUCAGUUCCCCAGAAUCUCUCGGCGGUGGCUGAAGGGAACAGCUCCAUGCUCAUCUCCUGGGGCAGUGUCCCUGGCCAGCAGGACGAGUGCCAGCUGUGGCUGCGGGACCCCCGGAACAGCUCCCUGCCCUGGAGGCACUCCCUGGCCAGGGGACAAGGCCAGCACCUCCUGCAGGGGCUGAUCCCAGGCAGGAACUACUCUGUGUCCUUGAGCUGCGUGGCUGGGCCCUACUGGAGCAGCACCAAGCCCCUGGCAGUGCCCGUGGAGCCGGAUCCAGUGAAGGAUGUGCUGUGCCUACCAGAGUCAAGGAGCCUUUACUUGAACUGGACGAGCUCUCCUGGAGAUGUGGAGGCUUAUGAGGUGGUGACAGAGAGACUUUCUGAAGGACCCCCCACCUCCAGGCUUACCAUGAGCAUCCCUUCAAGCGAGGCCAGUCUGGAGGGGCUGGAGCCAAACUCCUCCUACCAAAUCCUUGUGAGCACCGUGGGCAUGAACACCUUGAGGAGCCAGGCUGUGACUCUGCUCUGCAGCACAGCAGUGGAGCCUCUGCCCCCUCCCCUGCGUGCAGAGGUGUUCCCAGUGGAGGCCAGCUCCACAGUGAUCAUCUCCCCCGAGCUGUUCAGCGAGGAGAACGGCCAGAUCGAGUACUACGGUGUCAUUGCCACCACCAAUGAGUCACUGCUGAGGCCCACCCAGGAGAUCAUGUCCAGCACGUGGUACGAUCACUACUAUGGCACAGAGGACUCCUACCUGGCAGUGCUCCUUCCCAACCCCUUCCAUCAGAGGAGCUCCCCCAACACCUGGAGGGUGCCCGUGGGGACAGAGGAGUGUGGCCACUCCAGGGCCACCUGCAAUGGGAAGCUGAAAGCCAACGAGCAGUACAGGUUCAGCAUUGCUGCCUUCACCAAAUAUGACCCAGUGGCCCCUGCUGUGACAUUCACCAUGUUCUCAGCUGCUGGAUCCAGUGCAGACACAGCUCCACUCUCAAUGCCAAUAAUUGCUGGAAUCAUUGUGGGGUUUCUUCUGACACUUGCAGCUGUUUUUGCUUUGGUUUACUGGAAACAGCUCAAAGCAAGGAGAACCAAGAAGAGCAGCCCACCCCAGGAGAUGGUGACCUACAGCCUGAGGAACGUCCACCGGCCAGUGCCCCUGCAGAACUUCAAGCAGUACUAUGAGAUGAAGACAGCAAAUGCUAACCAUGCUUUUUUCCAGGAGUUUGAGGAGCUGAAAGAAGUUGGGAAGGAACAGUCCAAGGUGGAGGCUGAGCUGCCAGAAAAUGUCUCCAAGAACAGAUACCCCCAUGUGUUACCCUAUGAUCACUCUCGGGUCAAGCUGAGCCAGCUGGGGCAGGAUCCACACUCAGAUUACAUCAAUGCCAACUUCAUGCCAGGCUACACAUCCCAGCAAGAGUUCAUUGCCACCCAGGGGCCCCUGAAGAAAACCAUAGAGGAUUUCUGGAGGCUGGUGUGGGAGCAGAAUGUCUGCAACAUCAUCAUGCUGACCGUGUGCAUGGAGAAUGGGAGGGUGCUGUGUGACCAUUACUGGCCGUCAGAGUCUGCCCCAGUGUCCUAUGGGCAGGUGAGGGUGCACCUGCUGAUGCAGAGCAGCUCUGAGGAGUGGACAGUGCGGGAGUUCAAGCUGUGGCACGAGGCUCUGGGGGCAGAGCGCUUCGUGUCCCACCUGCACUACACAGCAUGGCCCGACCACGGCAUCCCCGAGUCCACCACGUCCAUCAUGGCCUUCAGGGAGCUGGUCCAGGAGCACAUCCAGAGCACCAAGGAUGCAGGGCCCACCCUGGUGCACUGCAGUGCAGGCGUGGGCCGCACGGGCACCUUCAUUGCCCUGGACCGGCUGCUGCAGCAGAUGAGGCAGGAGAAGGUGGUGGACAUCUUUGGUGUGGUGUACUCCCUGAGGAUGAACCGGUACCUGAUGAUUCAGACCCUGUCCCAGUACAUCUUCCUGCACAGCUGCAUUCUGGACAAGAUCUUGGAGGAGCCUCUCCUGGAUUUAUCAGGGACACAGAGGUCCUGCCCCAUCCCUCUGAAGAGCUUUGCCCAGCACUGUGCCCAGAAGGCAGCCAAGUCCCACCUGGGCUUCCUGAGGGAGUAUGAGGCUCUCCUGGAGGUUGUCAAGGAAGAAGCCAGCUCUGCAUCUCCAUCUUCAGGCAGCCAGCAGGCACGGCCCUCCUCCAGCAUCCUGCCCUAUGAUCGCUCCAGGGUGAAGUUCUCCCUGCUGGAGCAGGGCCCUCUCUCAGGACUGCUGCAGGUCUGGCGUGUCCCGGGCUGCAGCUCCAGCAGGGACUACCUGGCUGUCCAUGGCCCUGACAAGCUGACCAUGGAGGACUUCUGGACCCUGGUGUGGGAGCAGGAUGUUCACACCAUGCUCACACUUCUGCCAUGGCAGGAGAAGGGGGAGGUCCCAGGUGAGGAGUGCUGGCCCCUGGAAGGAGACUCUCUCUGCACAAGGACCCUGACCAUCCAGUGUGACACAGAGAAGCUUGUCUCAGGAUGGAGAUGCACCCAGCUCAAACUGAAACACGAGAAGAAGGCCAAGGAGAGGCAGGUGCAGAGGUUCCUGUACACGCUGUGGAGCAGCAAGAAGCAGCCUGAUGUGCAGAGCCUGGUGGAGCUGCUGGGGGCUGUCAGGAGGGGCAGCCCCCCCCGCAGGAGAGGGGGUCCUGUCCUGCUGCACUGCAGUGGUGACAUGAGCCAGAUGGGUACCCUGAUCUCCCUGGACUGCCUGUUGCACCAGAUGAAAGCUGAGAGAACCGUGGACAUCUAUGGUGUGAGCCUCCAGCUGGCCAGGAGCUGCUGCCUCCUGACCCCCACUCUGGACCAGUACAUCUUCCUGCACAGCUGCAUCCAGGACAUCCUGGCUCAGAACCAGCCCUGACACCCCCUGGCCCCUCUGGCACCUUCUGCCUGCUCCUGUACAGAGCUGGGGGCACCGUGGCACCCCUGGCACAGAGGAGGAGCAGUGCCCUCCCUGCCCGGGCAGUGUCCCCAGCGUGGUGCCAGCUGUGACUCCUGGACACACGGACAGUGUCCUGGGACACACAGACAGUGUCCUGCCAUAUCCCACUGCACACACAGUGAGGGGCUGGGCAGGAUCCUCUCCUCUUUUGGAGCUCCCCUGAGAUUUCUGGUGCCUGGAGGGCUCUGUGCCCCCUCAGUGCUCACUGUGGGGCUCUGUGGUGCCCCUGAGCCCAGCACCAGUGUGGGGCACCGUGGGCUGCUGUGCCCCUGGGCUCUGCUGUGGGCACAGCCCUGGGGGAACUGCCUUGUCUCAGCUGGAAUGCUCUUAGGUACAAACAAUAAAGAGCCCUAGGAAAGUG